UACGUUUUCAACGAAACCAAUAUUCAAUGGCCGUAAAGACAUUUAGAUGCUGUUUGAACUAUCUACUUUAACACCAAUAUUUAGGGCAGUGUUUGAAUUAAAAUGCAUUUAAUUUCAAAGUGUUUUGAGUGAGCGAUAGGCGGCGCUGUUUUGGCUCUGUUUAGGUUUGUAUCUGUUUUUCCGGUGACAGCAAGGAAACACGGAUUGGCCCUCCUUCCAUACAAGCUAACUGAAAAAGAUCGACAAAAGAAACAACCUGCCUUCAGAUCUGCAUCUCUAGAAUUCACUCUUUAUGUGCCACUGGGAGCAGCAGCAAUAUGGCAGAUGACAAGGAUGUGUUGAGAGAUGUUUGGUAUGGCCGGAUCCCCACCUGCUUCACCCUGAACCAGGAUGAGGUCACUGAGAGAGAGGCCGAGCCCUAUUAUCUGCUGUUACCCAGGGUGAGCUACCUGACUCUGGUCACAGACAAGGUGAAGAAACACUUCCUCAAAGUGAUGAAGGCUGAGGAUGUGGAGGAGAUGUGGUUCGAAUAUGAGGGCACGCCACUCAAAUGGCAUUAUCCAAUUGGAGUUCUGUUUGACCUCCACGCCUCCAACACUAUCCUGCCCUGGAGCAUCACUGUGCACUUUAAGAAUUUCCCAGAUCGCGACCUCCUCCACUGCCCGUCCAACUCUGUGAUUGAGGCCCACUUCAUGUCGAGCAUCAAAGAGGCCGACGCUCUCAAGCAUAAGAGUCAGGUCGUCAACGACAUGCAGAAGAAAGACCACAAGCAGCUGUGGAUGGGCCUGCAGAACGAUAAGUUUGACCAGUUCUGGGCCAUGAACAGGAAGCUGAUGGAGUAUCCCACUGAGGAGGGGGGCUUCAGAUACAUCCCAUUCAGGAUAUACCAGACAAUGAGCGACAGGCCGUUCAUCCAGAAACUCUUUCGUCCCGUUUCACCUGAAGGCAGCGCACACACACUGGGCGACCUCCUGAAAGAGAUGUACCCUGCCGCCAUACCGAACGAAGGUGAGCAGAAGCGUUACCAGGUGGUGAUCCACGGCAUCGAGCCGCUGCUGGAGACUCCUCUGCAGUGGCUCAGCGAACACCUCAGCCACCCAGACAACUUCUUGCACAUCUGCGUCAUCCCCACCCCCACCGACUGAGGCCACGCCCACCCGCCUGCGCCGUCACCGUGACGGCCAUCUAACCCGCAGACCAGUGAGCGUGCCAGCCGGCUGGUUUUCCUCAGACAUGGUAGCACUAAAGAUGGAAACUGAGCAACGGACUCUUUAACAAGGAGACGAACAAAGACUUGUUUUUAGGAGGCGAUGAAAUGAUCGGUUUUCGUUUCUCCUUUGGCCCAAAAAUAAAAGACAUUUCUACUGGUGAAGGGGCAUUUUUUUCCCUCUUCUGUCUCACGUUUUCACCUCUGCCUCUCUGAACAGACAAACCUGUUCAUGGGAGGAGAUGGAUCCAUCUUCGUCCUUUUGGGGCAGUCCUGCUGAAGUUGCCUUAGUUUACACGUCGAUGCUUUUCAUCCUUAUAUCAUCACUCCGAACCCGGACAAGCGCUUGUAAUCUCCAAAAACUCAACUUGAUUUACUUUUGCGUUGGCUUCGUUUAACAAAUGAGUUGGAAUAUAAAGGGGACAGACCAGUGAAACUGAUCAACAAACUGGUGAGGCUGGUUUGUCUGGUCCCUGACUGUCUUUACCUUUGAGAUAUCAGAGAAUUUAUUUAACAAACAGCCAAAUAUUUAGUGUCAUUGUCUGGUACGUUACUAAACUAGCACUAAAAUAUUAUUAAUUAAACCAAUGUAACUCCAGUGUGUUUUCAUUUUUCUUUCAUUUCCACUCAAUAAAAAUUCAACUUUCUUACGAAC